AUGUCUGCUGACCGAUCGGAGCUUGUCUCCCACAAUGACAAGAACGCCUCCAUCGAUGAGCCCGGGACCGCGCACAAUGACAGCGAAGGAGAGGAGGACGAGGAGGGCGACGAUGAGGACGACGAGGACGACGAGCCCAAGCUAAAGUAUGCGAAGUUGACAGGGAGUCUGUCAAAUGUCUACCGCGGCGGUGACUCCACUUCUGCCUUUGCCAUUGUUGGAGACAAAAUGGUGAUAGGAACACAUAACGGCAGCAUACACGUCCUGGCCGUUCCCGCGCUGCAGAGUCUCAAGACCUACCGAGCACAUUCAGCGAGCGUGACAAGCGUUUCAAUAUCGCCAACUCCACCGCCGCCGUCCUUGAUCAGAGAGCAUGGCAAGACAGAGGUGGCUACGCUGGAGGUGCAACAGUCGAGGAUUAUACCAGGACUGGCGCGAACGAAUACAAGUACCAGCACGUCCAGCCCGCGGACACCCCAGAAAGGGCAGCAACAGCAGCAGACACCUGUGCCGAAUACACCGAACAAUCAAAUAUACGUCGCGACAUCUUCCUUGGAUGGUCAUGUAUGCGUUUCUUCUCUCGUCAACCCGGAUGAGGUGCUACUACGCAACUUUGCACGGCCUGUGAAUGCAGUGGCUUUGUCGCCAGACUUCAAAAAUGACAAGACGUACCUCUCCGGUGGCCUGGCGGGUAAUCUGAUCCUCACAGUUGGAGGAAAAGCUGGAACAAAAGAGGAUGCCAACACAAACAGUGCUGCGGCUGCUGCGUCUGGGUGGUUAGGUGCGAUCGGACUGGGUGGAAACGCUAGCCGUGACACAAUUCUUCACUCAGGCGAGGGAGCAAUAAGUUCCAUCAAAUGGAGCCUGAGCGGGAAGUGGGUGGUUUGGGUGAACGAAGAGGGCAUCAAAAUCAUGCGCAGUCAUUUGAAGCUCGGCAGUGAAGACGGCGAGGACGCCUGGAAGAGAAUUGCUCAUGUUCCGCGUGCCAACAGGAGACUGUGGAAUGAGAUGGCGGCCGUCUGGCGAGGGCGGUGCGAAUGGAUCGACGAUAAGAGCUUGGAGGCGGACGAUGAACAGGUAUCAGUCUCGCAUGUCGGCGCAAACGGCACAACUCCGACGAAAGGCAAGAAGAGAGUCGAAAAAUUGGUCGUUGGUUGGGGCGACACAGCUUGGAUAUUGCACGUCCAGUCCGGCAGUUCUACGGCCACCUCUGGCAAUGCAAGUGGAAAGCGGCAGAUCGGAAGUGCCGACAUUAUUCAUAAGAUGCAAUUUGCGGACUGCGUAAUUGCUGGAAUCAGUCUCUAUACUCCGUCUUUGCUAGCAGUACUCGCAUACCGGACGCGGGACGACAACGACAAGCCGAUAACUUCGGCUCCACAGACUGGCACACCUCGCAAGGGUCGACAGCACCGACAUACAGCGCUCGCAGCCCAGCUACGUCUUGUAAACGUCAACAACGGCGAAGAAGUCGAUCUCGAUGAGCUUUCCGUCGUCUCUCGCUUCGAGACUCUUUCUGCACAGGACUACCAUCUGGGCACUCUGUAUCAGCCUCCACCGUUGGCAGAGAAGACAGCACGAGAACAGCGUGGCAGACUUGAAGGCUUAUGGGAGGUCGCAGGCGGAGGAUACGCAACGAGAAUGUUCAGCUCCAGCGCGAGCGUACUCAGUGGCAAAUUGAAGAAGCGAGCUGUAGAUGCCCAUCCGUUCCUGCUGGAGUCGGGUCUGAAGAUGUUCCUGAUGAGUCCAUACGAUUGCAUAUUGUCGGUCAAGCGCGAACUUGCCGAUCAUCUCAAGUGGACGAUUGAGCAUGAACAGUACGGAGAAGCCUGGAAUCUGAUCGAUCGACAUCCUGAAGCCGUGGAUUCUUCCUCACUCGACACAAGUUCGAGAGCAAGCUCGCCUUCGAAGGCCGGAGGCAGUCUAGCGGAUUUUUUCGCGGAUGAAUCAAGCUCGCAGGCAUCGGGUGCUGGCGUCGCACAACAAAAUCAAAAUUCGGCAGCACAGAAAGAAAAGUAUCGCGUGGGUGACCUCUGGUUGCAACAACUUGUGUCGAACCAGCAAUGGAGGGAGGCUGGCGCAGUUGCUGGCAAGGUCUUGGGUACCAGCAGUCGAUGGGAACACUGGGUCUGGACUUUUGCGCAGGCGGACAAGUUUGAUGAGAUCACACUUUUCAUACCAUCGACGACGAUUCGACCACCGUUGCCCAGCCUUGUCUAUGAGGUCGUACUGGGACAUUACAUUGCAAAAGAUUGCGGCAGACUACCCGGUCUAUUGGACGAGUGGGAUCCGGAGCUAUUCGAUGUGGGUAGUGUCAUCAGCGCGAUCGAAGAUCGUCUACAAAGUGGCGACGUCAGCGAGAACAGUACUGAAGGAGGCGUGGAAGGGCGGGAUUGGAGGAUGUUGAUGGAGUCGCUGGCCCGCCUAUACCUCGCAGAUGGACGUGCUCGAGAAGCACUGCGAGCGUACGUUCGACUGCAAGACGCCGAGAAGGUGUUCUCUCUCAUUCGUGAAGAGAAGCUCCUUGACGCUGUUGUGGACGAUAUACCUGGUCUGCUUAUGCUCCGCAUCACGAAAGAGCAACUCCGGUCAGCUCCAUCGUCGGAGCUCGAAGAAGGAAGCGCGGAGGCAAUACAAUUGCUCAUCGACGAAGCGCAUCGCGGUACCAUCCCAGCUGAAUCAGUCAUUCGCCAGCUUUCCGCCAAAGGCGAUACCUUCCAGCUCUUUCUGUUCUUCUACCUGCGUGCACUAUGGAACGAUACCACCCGCACCAGCAAUCCCGACAACGACAGAAGCAACCUUGGUCGCGGCAAAUUCGAUCGUCGCAUCGAAGAGGGUCAUGCCAUUGUCAACGAGCACGCCAAUCUGGCCGUGCGUCUAUUCGCCGAAUAUGAUCGACCUCUUCUCCUCACCUUCCUCAAAAGCAGCGAAGUUUACUCCUUCGACCUUGCCGCCGACAUUUGCGAGCGAAGACACUACAUCCCGGAGCUCGUGCAUGUCCUAGGCAAGAUGGGUCAGACGAAACGUGCACUGUUCCUGAUCAUCGGCGAAUUGGGAGAUGUGCCUCAAGCGAUUGGCUUUGCAAAAGAGAACCCGGACCUUUGGGAUGAUCUGUUGGACUAUAGCAUGGACAAACCAACAUUCAUCCGCGGUCUGCUCGAGGAAGUCGGCGCUGCAAACAAAUUCGAUCCCGUCGACGUCGUACGUCGAAUACCGGAAGGCCUCGAGAUUGAAGGCUUGAAACAUGGUAUCCAGCGUCUCGUGCGCGAGUUCGAAAUCCAAAUGUCCAUCUCCGAAGGCGUGGCGCGCGUACUCCGUGGAGAGGUAGGCAUGGGAAUGGACACAUUGCGAGCAGGUCGCAAAAAGGGCGUACGCUUUGAAGUCGUGCACGAGCGUUCCUCCAAUGACAACGAGGUCGGGCUGAGAGUCCACGAUCCACCGACGAUACUUCCGCCGGGCGAAGAAGCACUUCCCACCCCGAAACGGCUCGCGAACAAGUCCAAGUCCGGCGUCAAAGGUAACGAGCAAAGCCCAGCCGUCCCGGGGCGAUGUGUUGGCUGUCAAGAGGUCUUCCAUCUGGAGGAAAAGGAGCCGCUACUUGGUUUUGCGUGCGGGCACGUCUAUCACUUGUCUUGUCUAUGGAAGAGGUCGCGCUCGAGAACGCCGAUGAUGAUGGUAACGCGGUUGGGUAUGGUGGGAGGAGUGUCGGCGCCAAGGUUGCGCAUGCGCAUGUCGUGGGAAGGGUGGUCAAAGGCGGGUGUCAACGGUGUGGAGUAG